CUGCCGUCCAUAUACACCACAAACACAAACACACACACACACACCCAUACACGUGCCGCUAACGUAACGCAUAUGGAUCGCAACAUUUUGUACUAAACUAAAAAGUUUACGUGCGCGCGCACAAACCGCUCUCUACGACCUUCCACUCUACUUGUAUGCUCAUAGUCUUACACGAUUGUGCUUGCACCGGUGUGUGUGCGUUAAUAGCAAUUACAUACGUAUUCGUACAUUUCCAUAAGCAAAUAUAUACUUACGUACAAACAUAAAUUCCUACAAGAAAACGCCGAAAUAGUCGAAGUUGUAAUACCGCUAAUCAAAAACGAAAAAAAAACAACAGUAAAUAGUGAAAAAAUCAUUUUACUAACCUUAAUACAACAAAACAAAAAAAAAGAUUAUCAAAUAAACAAAAUACAAAAACCUCAACCAACAGAGAAGACACCGAUUUGUUGCAGUAGAAAGAAGCAGCAGCAGCAGCAGCAGCAGCAGCAACCGUGGCCGUAGGGGCAGUUUGCGCAUCUCGACAUGGCGUACACACGACGACAACCUGCUCGAAACGCUUUAACGGUUAAGCGUGGCUUAGUGAUAUUUCUUAUUCUGGUGGUGAAUUGUGCGCUACAAAUAGAAGCACAGCAGCCACGCGAACCGAGAUUGGGCUCCAGGUGCCAACAUGAUAUGGAUUGCACGGAUUUCAUUAAGGGUAGCGCCUGUUCGGCGAGUGGCUAUUGCGAGUGUGCACCCUACUAUGUGCAAUACAAUGCCACCAGCUGUCUAUCAUCACAACUUCUGGGUGGCGACUGCGUUCUGAAUGACCAAUGCACAAUGAAGGUGGCCAACAGCAGCUGCUUGGAUGGCGCCUGUCGCUGUGUUGAGGGUUUCCUGCAGUUCCGCAAGCAUACCUGUCUUGGACCGGCUCUGCCUGGUGCCGUCUGCUACAGUCAUGCCCACUGUCAAAUGUUUGACACACGUUCACACUGCGAUUUCCUUAUACCAAAUCUCUUUGGCCGUUGUCAAUGCACCUCGCACAAAUUGGUAGGCGGCUUCUGUAUGGAGGGUCACGUAGCAGUGCCAACGGAAGCGCCAGUGACGACUACAGCACCUAUCAGUACUUCAAGUAGCAGCACAACAACAACAACCACCACUACCACCGCACCACCGACGCCAGCAGCCACAGAGCUGGCAGCCGCACCCAUUCUACCUGCAGUUGAACCCGUGCGCUACGACAGUGUUGAGGAGCAGACGACAUCCGAGGAAAAGUCAGAUUCCCCAGCUAAUUCUGAUGCUGAUAUGGAAUCGCCAACAACCACAUUGCAACAUCUAUUAACACCAGCAGCAGCCGAUGAGCAUUCGCAAGCACUGGCAGCCGAUGAAAUUUUGCCACAAGAAACCACGCCUGCCGUAGACGAUUAUCCGUAUAAGAUCGAAGAUGAAUAUGAUGGUGAAGAAGCAAAUCAACAACAACACCAGCAAAUUGAUGAAGAACACCAAGAACACGUAGGCGAAACACCGCAGCAUGUCGAAGAACAAUCGGCACAAAUCGAACAGCAACUGGACCAUUUGGUGGAAGCGCAGGAGCAGUCAAAUAUUGUUGACGCAGAUACUGAGAGAGAACCAUCAGUGCCGCAGACUGGUGACGAGGUUCAGAAUAUUGUUGCAGAUGCCGAAGUUGCAGAGACAGUGCACGAUAAUGUUGGCAUUGCUUCACACCCCAUCGACGAAUAUGAAACCGAAAAAUCUCAAGUGGAAGAAGAAAAACACAAUGAAGCUGAGCGCAUUGUAGAUGGACAACCUUUGGAAUGGUUACAACCACCUGCAUUAGAAGCACCAAGUAACCAAGGUGGUGUUGCUGGGCAAGAAACGCCGCUGGCUGCAGAGCAAGAACUCCAAAUUGGCGAAGCACAGCAAGUUGUGGACGCACCCGCGUUUAAUGAACCAGAGCAUCCGGAGGAGAACAUAAACCAAGAGCAACAGCACAGCGAAACGGAUACUGUGGCUGAGGUUCUCACACCGCCAAAAGAAGUGGGACACAUUGCCGAAGUAGUACCAGAUCAGCAAAUUGCUCCUGUUGCGCCUGAGGAAGUAGAUAAUUACGAGCAGGAGGCUAGUGAAAAUGAACAAAACCUCGAGUCAGUGCCACAGGCGCAAGGCGAAGAGGAGAGCGCUGCUUUUGGCCCAGCGCAAAGCCAACACAGUGCCGAUGGGCUGCCAAUAGGCACAACAGCACCCCAUGAGGCUACUGAAGCACCACCAAACGAAUUGCCCUCUGAUAACCAGUACGUAGAUUUCCACCACGAAUUGGACAUGUACGAAGAUGUCGAACAGGAAGGCGAACAUACGGGAGACGAUGGUGCAACAAUAGUCGACGAUACCAUGAAAUUUGAUUACGAGACAGCUCAGGAGGAAUUCAAUGCAGAAAACACUGAUGGGCCAGAUGGUAAUGAGUCGAUUGAUAUAACUGAAUCUCCUAAUUGGGCACAAGCACCUGAGAACACGCCCGCUAACCCACCUGUCCCCUCAGAAUUCGUCUUACCUCCUCAAGCACCGCUGCCUGAUGCUCAUGAAGAUAAUCAGAGCGAAGAGAAAAUCAAUCAACAGCAUGAAACUGAAAGUGAGACAGAUGUACAGCAUCAGCAACAGCAACAACCGCAGGCGGAAGAAAGUGCACCCGUCGUGGCGGUAGAAGAUGCUGAAAGAGCAGAAAUUGAAAGUGCAGCAGCUGGCGAUGACUUAACCGCAGCCAACAGUGAAGCGGAGACAGCGCUUGAUGAGCAAGAACACAGUGGCAAUAUACAGAGCAGCAAUGACGAUUACCAACACCAAGACAAACCCGUUGCGCCUGAAGAAGUAGCAAUAACGGAACAAAUUGCACAAGAAUCGCAGCCAGAAAUCGCUUACGCACCUGAGGGCUUGAAGCCACAAUCAAGUGACGCUGCGCAAACCGUGAACGAAACUCAGCCGGCCACAAAUGAUGGCGCAAUUGCCGCUGGUCAACUCGAUGCGCCAGCUAGUGGGUACAAUUUAGAGGACGAGACCGACAAGCAGCAGACUGAAGAGCAAAAUACUGGGGACGAAGACGUUGCCGGUUCGGUUGGAGCUGUGACUGAGGAAACUGUUGCGGCUGACAGCGAUGUUGCGGCCAGUGAACUAGUACAGCAGCAGAUCGUGAAUGAAGAACUUUCGCAUGGCAUAAUAAAUGAAGCCGAACAAGCGACAGUUGGGGCGCAGGCUGAUCAAAUAGAGGUGCAGGAGGCGCCACAGCAAUUGAGUGCCGCCGAGCAAAUAGUUGCGCAAACUGAGCCAGCUCAGCCAAUCAACAGCGAGCACGUAGAAGACCAAGUGGUGGAAGAGGCGGUAGUCGAAGAAACGAUUGCAACAACAGCAGUGCCGUUAAUCCAAGAGACUGAAUCUGAGACUGAGACUGAUGGUAUACACGAAAAUGGUCCCGUGGUGCAGGCGGAGCCUGACGCUGCAGAUGUGAACGAAAACGACAAUCAAAUUGCAGAAAGUGAAGCUCAUACGGAGCGAUUCGUUUUGAGCGGUGAAGAUGUUGGAAGUAAGCCUGUCGUAGACAAUGAAGAGGCUGCGCAUACGGAACAGGAUAACGCAAUUCUACAAGAUGUUGGUAGCGAGAAGGAGUCACCAGUGCAAGAGACUCCGUUAAAAUUAGACAGUGAAAAUGAACAGUUAAGUGGCGUUGAAGAUGGUGGAUCGACUGAUCAGACAAACCCGGUGGAGGAUACAAUACCUGACAUUGCAGUGUCGGAAAGCACCAUUGACGAGAGCAAGCCUAUAGAAGAUCCAAAUCAGUUCGAAGAAGCCAACAAUAUCGUUGAAACCGAUUCGCUGGUGCCAGAUAGUCAAACUGAGCACACUAACCACGUUGAAGAAACCGAUCCAGUUGAAGCCGACAAUUCUAUUGACUCAAAUGAAGAAGCUGCAAACCUUUCGGAGUCUUCAGUGGAACUUUCACUUGACGAAAAUGUAAAUAAAGAUGCUACCGCCUCCUUAUCAGAUACGGACUAUCCCAAUUUCGACAGUUUCGAAAUGCUUAACAGCGCACAGCAAAAGCCGCAAGAGCACACCAAUGAACUGCACCACAUCGUCGAGCAUACGGAUAUUGACAACGAAUCAUUUGAGGAAAAUGAAUCAAUCGCUGACAUACUGAGUGAUCUGAUGUCUGAGGACGUAACUACAAUCACACCAUUGGAGUCCGUCACAGAAGUGGAAGGUAUUCGUUCGAAAGAAGACGUUAACACACAAGGAGUAGAAAGUAUUACCACACAGCCAGCGCAAGCAGCGGAACAUGUGCCAGAUUUGGUUGCAGCGGAUACGAAUGUGGCCGAGGAGAAACUAGCCGAACAGACACCAAACGCGGAAACAACGGAAGCACAAAAAGAAAAUGGUGGCAAUGACAAGCUGAUAACAUUCUAUCCAGAAGUCGAGGACUUGAGUGAGCAUGCACACAAUCACAUUGAAGCACAGAAUGAAGCCGAAGCAGAGCAAACCACGCGCGUGCCACUGAUAUCAGCAGAUAUCAGCACUCAAGGAAAUGAGGAAUUUGAAGUUACGGAUCACACUUUAUCGCCCGAAGAGUUGCCUUUCGAUUUAACGUCGCUUGACGAUAUACAACCACAAGAAUUGGAAUCGGAUAGUUUGGUGCUGGAGAGCACCACAGUACCAGCCGCGGCGCAAGCAGAAGAUGAAGAGGAAGCUUCUGGCGCCGGAGCGCCGGAUGUCACACGUAAUGAGGAGGCCACAGCAACGCCUGAUGAUAUUACUGAAAUCACUACGCAGACUAUGUUGGGCUUGGCAAGUCGAGUGACGCUGAUGGAACCGGCAGCGCCUAUAGCUACAACACUUAAGCCACUGAUGACGGAGACCACGCCAGAAAGUGAGGCCACACCAGAACCCGUAAAGGAGUUGCCUGGUACAGAAAAUGUGCUGACAGCCAAACCAAUCACAGAAAUACGUAAACGUGUCGAAUUGGGCACGGAGGCAGUUUCACUUGGACUUGCGUGCAUGAACGACCGACAAUGUCAGUUGGCCGAUCCAAAUGCAGUUUGCAAUGCGCGUGGUGUAUGCGAUUGCAACUUGGCUGAGCCGGCAGCGGAAGUGCAAUGUAGCGCACAGCGAACGGGUUGCGCACCCGGAACUUUCCAGUGUCGUUCGUCGGGCGUUUGUAUAUCGUGGUUCUUUGUGUGCGACGGCCGACCGGACUGCAAUGAUGACUCAGACGAAGAGUGCACAUUCAAUGCCCGCUUGAAUCAAACCUGCCCAGUAGAAGCUUUUCAAUGUGAGCGCAGCGGUCGCUGCAUUUCACGUGCCGCACGUUGUGAUGGACGCAAACAGUGCCCGCAUGGUGAGGAUGAGUUGGGUUGUAACGCACUGAGGGCGGGCGAAUGUCCGCCACACACUUUCCGUUGCAAGAGUGGCGAAUGCCUGCCCGAAUAUGAAUACUGCAAUGCGAUCAUUUCUUGCCGCGAUGGCAGCGAUGAGCCACCACAUUUGUGCGGGUCGCGUUCGAUGCCGACCUUCUUCCUGCGUCUGCUGAAUGCCGGUGGCCUGCUGGAGAAUGAGGACGCCUAUUGCCCGCAUCGUUGCAGCAAUGGCCGCUGCCGCUCGACGGCGAUUGUUUGUUCGGGCAGAGAUGGUUGCGGUGAUGGAACCGAUGAGCAGACAUGCUCCGUUUGUAGAUGUCCUGCACCCAACAGCAACAGUUUGUCUAAUUACCUUACCAGACAUCGUCCAAUGCCUUUAUGGUAGAGCCAUGCAUACGAAAUUGAAGAAUAGCAACGAUGAACAUAGUCCCGAAAUGAAGGAUUAAUUUUGGAAAUCCUUACGCAAACGGGGGAAGUCGAGUUUUUGGCGGUGUUUUUUCGGAAGUGUGGUCGAAAAUUUGUAGCUUUGUGCCUAUUUCAGGCGCGCCGCAUUAACAUACUGCCGGAUAACGACAACGAUUUUGAUUUUCCAUGCGCCUAAAAUUAGUUCUUAAGCUUAUUUAUUCUAUUCAUAAAUCUAUGUAUGUCUAAUCAUUACGUUUAAUUACUUCGAAGCAAUUGCCGCCUUGCUGGCGAGGAGGUUGCAAACAAA